AUAUUUUCCGUGUAAUGGACUUCACGCGCCCUUGCUAUGAGCUUGGACAGUGUAUGAUUAGAACAGCUGAUAGGUUUUACGCGUGCAAGUUAGUUUUUGUAAAAUGGCGUCUUAUAAGGCAGUAUCGCAUGUGCUGUUCGACAUGGACGGCUUGUUGUUGGAUACAGAGAGGUUGUAUACACUCUCUUUCCAGGAGAUCUGUGAUCGGUUUGGGAAGACGUACACAUGGGAGGUCAAGUCCACCGUGAUGGGAAAGAAGGCGUUGGAUGCGGCCAGGAUCAUCCGAGACUCCCUGGAACUGCCCAUGACGAGUGAGGAGCUGCUGGAAGAGAGCAGAGAAAUACAGGAACAUCUUUUCCCCUCCGCUUCCUUGAUGCCAGGUGUGGAGAAGCUGGUCACACAUCUCCAUAAGCACAAAAUCCCCAUUGCCGUGGCCACCAGCUCCGCCGGCGUGACCUUCCAUUUGAAGACAAGCCGCCAUAAAGACUUCUUCAGCCUGUUCAGUCAUGUCGUUCUUGGAGAUGACCCAGAAGUGAAGAAUGGAAAGCCUCAGCCUGACUCGUUCCUGGUGUGCGCCAGCAGGUUUGACCCCCCAGCUAAGACAGAACAGUGUCUGGUUUUCGAAGACGCGCCCAACGGAGUGAAAGCAGGCUUGGCGGCUGGCAUGCAAGUGGUCAUGAUUCCCGAUAAGAACAUGGACAGUAGACUUACACAGGAGGCCACGCUGGUGCUCAACAGCAUGGAGGACUUCAGACCCGAGCUCUUCGGCCUUCCUGCUUACGAUUAAACCCUGACUCAUGCCACAGCUUUCCCUUAGUCAGUCUAUCUAAAACGGUGUUAAGCUGUUAUGAGCAGAUGUAUCAAGCUCAGCUCUUUUGAGCCAUGUAAAGAUUGUUGGCAAGUUUGUCAUUGUGAUUUUUUUAAUGUAAUUAAUACCUAGUUUACACUCAUAUCAGGUUAGAUUUUUUUACUUGGUGAUGUUUCAAGGGACGAACUGAAAUGAAGGGACACUUCAAUGUACGGAUCAGUCUCCUAAUCAAUAUAAAGAAAAAGAAAACAA